AUGACUGAUACUGUGGUGAACCGAUGGAUGCACCCUGGUGAUGGCCCGCUUCAGUCAAAUGACAAGGAACAGCUACAGGCAGGAUGGUCCGUCCAUCCAGGAGCGAAGACCGACAGGCAGAAGAACCAGGAAGAGCUGACAGACGAAGAGAAGGAGAUCAUCAACAGGGUGAUUGCUCGGGCGGAGAAGAUGGAGGCGAUGGAACAGGAGCGCAUUGGGCGCCUGGUGGACCGUCUGGAAAACAUGAGAAAAAAUGUGGCCGGGGAUGGUGUGAACCGCUGCAUUCUGUGUGGAGAGCAGCUGGGCAUGCUGGGCUCUGCCUGUGUCGUGUGUGAAGACUGUAAGAAGAAUGUCUGCACCAAGUGUGGGGUGAAGACCUCCAACAACCGCCCACAUCCGGUAUGGCUGUGUAAGAUCUGCCUUGAGCAGAGGGAGGUCUGGAAGCGCUCAGGAGCAUGGUUCUUCAAGGGUUUUCCCAAACAGGUUCUUCCACAGCCCAUGCCUAUAAAGAAGACCAAGCCCCAGCAGGCUGCUGGUGAGCCUGCUGUCCCGGAACAGCCUACACUUGAAUCCAGGCACACAGCCCGAACUCCAGCUCAAGGUGACAUGGAGGAGAGGAGGGCCCCAGGUCAGAAGCCAGGCCCCGAUCUCCCCUCUGCCCCUGGGCGAGGAAGCCAUGGGCCUCCCAUGCGCAGGGCCUCUGAGGCACGAAUGAGUACAACUGCCCGGGAUUCUGAGGGCUGGGAGCAUGGUCACGGUGGGGGUGCUGGAGAUGCCAGCCGGAGCCCAGCAGGUCUGAGGCGGGCUAACUCAGUGCAGGCCUCCCGCCCUGCCCCGCCUUCAAUGUCAAGUCCGGCACCUGCUCAACCUGUGCAGCCAGGGCCCCUUGGGGGCAGCAGGGCUGCUCCUGGGCAAAACACAGAGGCCACUCCAAGCGACUCUGGUUAUCCAGGGGCUGUCGCCCCAGCCCGGGAGGAGAGGACAGGACCCGCAGGGGGCUUCCCGUCAGCUCCCCACACUACAGGCCCCUAUUCCCAGGCGGCCCCUGCCCGUCAGCCGCCACCCGCAGAGGAAGAGGAGGAAGCCAAUAGCUAUGACUCGGAUGAAGCAACCACACUGGGUGCCCUGGAAUUCAGCCUCCUCUAUGACCAGGAAAACAGCAACCUGCAGUGUACCAUCAUCAGGGCAAAGGGACUGAAGCCCAUGGACUCCAAUGGCUUAGCGGAUCCCUAUGUGAAGCUGCACCUGCUGCCUGGUGCCAGCAAGUCCAACAAACUUCGUACAAAGACCCUACGCAACACGCGGAACCCUGUGUGGAAUGAGACGCUGCAGUACCAUGGCAUCACAGAGGAGGACAUGCAGAGAAAGACACUCAGGAUCUCCGUGUGUGAUGAGGACAAGUUCGGCCACAAUGAGUUCAUCGGCGAGACCAGGUUCUCACUCAAGAAGCUGAAGGCUAACCAGAGGAAAAACUUCAACAUCUGCCUGGAGCGGGUGAUCCCGAUGAAGCGUGCAGGGACCACAGGGUCAGCCCGUGGCAUGGCACUCUAUGAGGAGGAGCAGGUGGAGCGAAUUGGCGACAUAGAGGAACGUGGCAAGAUCCUGGUGUCCCUCAUGUAUAGCACACAGCAGGGCGGCCUCAUCGUGGGCAUUAUCCGCUGUGUGCACCUGGCCGCCAUGGACGCCAACGGCUACUCAGACCCCUUCGUCAAGCUCUGGCUGAAACCAGACAUGGGGAAGAAAGCCAAGCACAAGACUCAGAUCAAAAAGAAAACCCUGAACCCCGAGUUUAAUGAGGAAUUUUUUUAUGACAUCAAACACAGCGACCUGGCCAAAAAGUCCCUGGAUAUCUCAGUAUGGGACUAUGACAUCGGCAAAUCUAAUGAUUACAUCGGAGGCUGCCAGCUGGGGAUCUCAGCCAAGGGUGAGCGCUUGAAACAUUGGUAUGAAUGUCUGAAGAACAAGGACAAGAAGAUUGAACGUUGGCACCAACUGCAGAACGAGAACCACGUGUCAAGUGAUUAG